AUGGACCAUGAUGAAAACGAACCGGUGCUCGACCUCUCAGAUGUCGUACAUGAUGAACCUUUGGGCUCAGACGAGGAACAGAUCCAUAGUGGAGAUGAGGUCGACGUGACCGGCCCCCAACACGCCUCUUCCGCAUUCUCUGAUUCAUCACACCUUGCCCAUUCGCCACACGACGGCGUGCCCCUUUCCCUUGACCCGUCAGCACCUCCGGAGCACUUCUCAGUGGAAAUGCUCGAGCGCGAAAUCGCCAGUCUUCUCCACCAGAAUGCGACAGCCGCAUCGGCUGCACUCCUGAGUGCUGCCGCCCAACAGCGCCAAGCGCAAAAUGAGCAAGACCACGAUCCCUCCAUUCCGGACUCCGCUCCAGAUGGCACACAGAAAGUCAGCGAUAUUGCAAUUGCGGGUGACGCUAUCUCUGGUCUUGGUCUUAAUCUUCGUAGUAUCACUGCCAUGUUGCAAGCAGCUCACGCACAGGCUUCUUCAAAUGGGCGCCAUGCUGAAUCUUUGAAAAGCCACGACGCGGAGCUUGAGCAUAGUCUGCGUACGACGCGCACUGCCCCUGCCUUUCAUUCUCUAACGGCUGGCGAUGAUGAUGACUAUAUUGUGGAUGGCGCUCGAGAACGUGGUCCUCGGGACUUGGACCUCCUUUACCCCACAGAGGAUAUAAGGGGUGACGUACAUGAUGACGACCGAAACGGGAGUGACGCUGGAUGUUCACCACAACACAAACCUCGGACGGACGGAUCAGACGCCCACGAAGGCGUUCCUGGGGAGUUCAAUGACAUCAGCGACAUAUUGAAUCAUCUCUCGACACACUUUGAUACAGAAACAGAAACAGACCCGACUCACGGACAUCUUCAGGCACCAUCGACCGAAAGUACUUCGCCCAUAUCUCGUUCCCGCACCACCCCUGCCCAAUCACCCGUGCGUUCUAGCCAGCCCCUACCCAGUCCAUCACGCCCCACGCCACAACCAAUUGCCUCUACAUCAACAGCGCCAAAGAAGUCUCCCGAAAGCAAGAAGUCAAAGAAGGGGAAGGAUAAAGACAAAGAUAAAGAUAAAGAACAAAAUGGUGAAAAGGAGAAGACAGUACACAUACACUCGUGUGAAGAGCCGCUGUGUCGCAAAACAUUCACUCGGAGGAGCGAUCUCGCGAGACACAUGCGGAUCCACACCGGCGAACGGCCGUUUGUCUGUAACCAUGGCGGAUGUGGAAAGACGUUCAUUCAGCGAUCUGCAUUACACGUUCAUCAACGGGUGCACACAGGCGAGAAACCGCAUUCUUGCGAAUACCCGGGGUGUGGAAAGACCUUUGGAGACUCGAGUAGUCUCGCACGGCACCGGCGAACGCACACAGGAAAACGACCCUACAAGUGUGAAGAUCCAGAGUGCGAGAAAACGUUUACACGUCGCACGACGCUCACCCAGCAUAUGCGAACUCACGAUCCAACAUGGGAACCAGAUCCCAACAUAAAAUACAAUUUCAAAGCCAAAAAACAAAAGGUUUCUGAAACAACGGAGGAUCUCGAGCUGGAAGAAUCAGUGCGAACUAUCUCCGCAUUAUUCUCUCAGACUGGGGGCGUUACAAUCAGGCCAUUGGAGGCUAGUGUGCCGGGUGAGCCACUUGAAGCGAGAGUUGCGAGUAUCAGUGCGGAGAUUGCCGCUGCAAUUGCCCAGGCAUCUUCGCGAGCGCUGGACGAGGACGAAGAUGAGAUGGAGGAAGAAGAGGGUGUUGACGAUGAUGAUGGAUGGUGCUCUGGGCAUGAGAUUGGGAGACCUGAGAGCAUAGUGCCCAAUACGAGCGGAAUCAGAGGCAGUGGUAAUGGUGACAGUGGUGGGAAGGGUAUUGCAGGCGUGGAAGACAACGAUGAGGACAGCGACACUUUUCCUAUCCCACUACGGACACGCAAGGGUAAGGAACCGGUUUCACUAGUAGGAAUCAAGAGGAAACGAUGA